GAGGGUUUAAAAACAGUUAAGUGGGUCAAAGUACAAAUUUCAGGAAAUGAAUGCGUAGCAGGCAGGCAUCAUCAGUUCUUCUCUUUGAGAUCCAAACCCGCAACUGAAAGGGAGAGGUCCCAUAUCCAUCACAUUUGACACUCUCUUUCAUCAAAUUCACUCCCAUUUCGAUCUCCAUUUUAAAACCCUAACCCGUGCUUUGAUCUCCAUUUCCGGAUUUAGAAGCUUCCAGAAUUUCUUAGAAGAUGUAUAUGGCAUAUGGAUGGCCACAGGUGAUCCCUAUGGAAUCAGGGCUAUGCCCUUCUUCUCAGCACAUUGUGUACCUCAAACUCAUCAAUCGCUUAUUACUUGUCGUUUCUCCCACUCAUCUUGAGCUCUGGUCCUCUUCACAGCAUAGAGUGAGAUUGGGCAAGUACAAGAGAAGCUCGGAUUCGAUUCACAAGGAAGGCGAGAAUUUGCGUGCUGUUUGGAGUCCUGAUACCAAAUUGAUUGCCGUUCUUACAUCUUCCUUCUAUCUACACAUUUUGAAGGUCCAAUUUACAGAAAGGAAAAUACAAAUUGGAGGCAAACAACCGACUGGUUUGUUUCUAGCAAGCAUAACUUUGCUCUUGAAUGAACAGGUGCCUUUUGCUAACAGUAACUUGACAAUGAGCAAUGUAGUUUGUGACAACAAACAUAUGAUAGUUGGGCUUUCUGAUGGAUCUCUGUAUAAUAUAUCCUGGAAGGGAGAGUUUUGCGGGGCCUUUGAUGCCUUUGAUCUUGAUGCUCAGCCUCGUGAUGGCAGUGGGCUUCCUAAACUAGCAAGUUCUUUGGAAAAUGGUGUUGCUUCUGGCGAGAGUUUAUCUUUUUCUAAAUCCAGUCAUCAUUCGUCAAAAAACUCAGCUGUGAUCCACUUGGAGUUCUCCUUACCCGUAAGGUUGCUUGUUGUGCUAUUUUCUGAUGGACAACUGGUCUUAUGUUCUGUGAGCAAAAAGGGUCUGAAGCAAAUGGAGUCUAUCAAAGCUGAAAAGAGACUGGGUUCUGGUGAUGCUGUAUGCGCUGCAGUUGCUUCAGAUCAACAACUUCUUGCAGUUGGUACCAGAAGAGGCGUUGUUGAGUUGUAUGACAUUGCAGAAUCUGCUUCGCUUAUGCGUUCUGUUUCUCUGUAUGAUUGGGGAUAUUCAGUGGAGGAUACUGGUGCUGUCAGUUGUGUUGCAUGGACACCUGAUAAUUCUGCUUUUGCAGUUGGGUGGAAGUUAAGAGGGUUAACAGUUUGGUCUGUUUCUGGUUGUCGUUUGAUGUCCACAAUUCGUCAAAUUGGCUUAAGUUCUGCGUCUUCUCCAGUGGUCAAGCGAAAUCAGGAAUGUAAAUAUGAACCUAUGAUGAGUGGUACCUCGUUGAUGAACUGGGAUGAAUAUGGAUACAGGCUUUAUGCUAUUGAGGAAGGAUCUUCAGAGAGGAUUAUUGCAUUCUCUUUUGGAAAGUGCUGUCUGAACAGAGGAGUCUCCGGGACUACUUAUGUCCGACAAGUAAUCUAUGGUGAAGAUCGGUUGCUUGUUGUGCAGUCAGAAGAUACUGAUGAACUAAAAAUCUUGCAUCUUAGCCUCCCAGUUUCCUACAUCUCUCAGAAUUGGCCAGUUCAACAUGUGGCUGCUAGCAAGGAUGGAAUGUACUUAGCAGCUGCUGGCCUUCAUGGACUGAUCUUGUAUGACAUACGAUUGAAAAAGUGGCGAGUUUUUGGAGAUGUCACUCAGGAACAGAAGAUCCAGUGCAGAGGCUUGUUAUGGCUUGGGAAGAUUGUUGUUGUCUGCAACUAUGAUGAUUCUUCUGACGGGUAUGAAUUGCUUUUCUAUCCCAGAUAUCACCUUGAUCAGAGUUCACUACUAUGUCGGAAACCUUUGCUUACCAAACCGAUGGCCAUGGAUGUUUACCAAGAUUAUCUUCUUGUUACUUAUCGACCUUUUGAUGUCCAUAUUUAUCAUGUGAAGUUAUCUGGUGAACUAACGCCUUCGAGUUCUCCCGAUUUACAGCUUUCUACAGUACGAGAGCUAUCAAUCAUGACUGCAAAGAGCCAUCCUGCUUCAAUGCGUUUUAUUCCUGAUCAGCUCCCAAGAGAAAGCGUUGCAGGAAAUGGUCGCCUGUCAACUUCUUUCGAUCUGUCAGUCCGAGAGCCUACCCGAUGCUUAAUACUAAGGACAAAUGGAGAGCUUUCACUUCUUGAUUUGGAUGAGGGGAGAGAAAGAGAACUCACAGACUCUGUAGAGUUGUUUUGGGUUACCUGUGGUCAGUCAGAGGAGAAAACAAGCUUGAUUGAGGAAGUUUCAUGGUUAGACUAUGGCCACCGAGGAAUGCAGGUUUGGUAUCCAUCUCCCGGUGCUGAUGCUUUUAAGCAAGAGGAUUUUUUGCAGUUGGAUCCGGAGCUGGAAUUUGAUCGUGAGGUGUAUCCUCUUGGUUUGCUGCCAAAUGCUGGAGUUGUAGUUGGUGUCUCCCAGAGAAUGUCAUUUUCCGCAUGCACAGAGUUUCCAUGUUUUGAGCCAUCUCCUCAAGCUCAGACUAUUCUGCAUUGCCUACUUCGACAUCUUCUACAGAGGGAUAAAAAGGAAGAAGCUCUAAGAUUGGCACAAUUAUCAGCAGAGAAGCCACAUUUUUCGCACUGCUUAGAGUGGCUUCUUUUUACCGUGUUUGAAGCCGACAUUUCUGGGAGCAGGAAUCAGAGUGUUAUUUCGAACCAGUCAACAAAUUCCUCACUUCUGGAUAAGACAUGUGAUUUGAUUAGAAAUUUUCCAGAGUACUUUGACGUGGUUGUUAGUGUUGCAAGAAAGACUGAUGGCCGGCAUUGGGCAGAUUUAUUUGCUGCUGCUGGGAGAUCAACUGAGCUAUUUGAAGAAUGCUUUCAAAGGAGAUGGUAUCGAACCGCCGCUUGCUAUAUACUAGUAAUUGCUAAGCUUGAAGGUCCAGCUGUAAGUCAGUACUGUGCAUUGCGUUUGUUGCAGGUAAUCACGUGCAGAUGUAAAGAAUGUUGGCUCGUUGUCCAUGCAACAUUGGAUGAGUCUUUAUAUGAAUUGGCAGGGGAACUGGUGAGGUUUCUUCUCAGAUCUGGACGGGAAUAUGAACCCACAACCACUGAUUCUGAGAAGCUAUCUCCUAGAUUCUUUGGAUAUUUUCUGUUUCCUUCGAGUUACCGGAGGCAAACUUUGGAUUCCAAAGGUUCAUUUAAGGAGCAGAGUGCACAUGUUGCUUCUGUGAAGAAUAUUUUAGAAAGUCAUGCAAGCUAUUUAAUGUCUGGAAAAGAACUGUCAAAGCUUGUCGCAUUUGUGAAGGGCACGCAGUUUGAUCUCGUGGAAUAUUUGCAGCGAGAAAGAUAUGGAAGUGCUCGUUUGGACAAUUUUGCUUCAGGGCUUGAACUUAUUGGGCAGAAGCUUCAGAUGGAAACAUUGCAAAGUCGUUUAGAUGCAGAGUUCCUUUUGUCUCAUAUGUGCUCUGUGAAGUUCAAAGAGUGGAUUGUAGUAUUGGCCACACUUUUGAGGCGGGCUGAGGUCUUGUUUGAUUUAUUUCAUCAUGAUAUGCGCUUGUGGAAAGCAUAUAGCAUUACUUUAAAGACCCAUCCAUCAUUUGUCCAAUACCAUGACUUGCUUGAAAGUUUGGAAGAAAAGCUUUCAUCCACUUCAAAUUCAGACGAGACAUGAGCAAUCUGGAUGUAAAGAACCGUUGAACAGGUUUGCUAGAAAUGGUUGAAAGAGCUUCCAGUUCGAUCUUCUUCUUCAAGCGUUAACCGCACCAACUUGAAAUCCACAUAGAUGUUUACCACUAUAUUGGGAAGCGAGUUGAGAGGCUCUGCAAAAGGCACGAGAUGAGAUUUUCGGUUGAUCUUCUACUGUCCACAUCUCUGUGCUGCAGAAAUUUAUUUUGUAGAUAGGCAUAUCAUUGCUAUUAGUUCUUUGGUUUCUAUGGUCCUGUUUCUUUUUCUUGAUCCAUAGUUUGUAUCAAAUUUUAGCUUUUUCAUUAAGGGUGUGGGUGAUCGUAAUUGAAAGGGGCACCUCUUGUAUGAAAGAUCUGAUCUUCUGAUAAAUAGAGAAUAGAGAAGAUUUGCAUUA